GGGCCAAGUCGUUUCCCAGCGACUGGCAAGAAACAUUCAAAAUACUUGACGUCCACGGGUCACAGUUCCUCAACCUUGGCCAAGGUGCCUCGGGUUCUGGGAAUUUUUGAAAUUUUGGCAUGAUGCACGAGCGAAUAUACCCCCAGCUUGCCCGGGUAUGCUCGGAAAGCGGCACAAGAUGGGACCAGCCAAGGGACGGGAGGAGGGCAAGAGACUGCGGUGCUUGAUCCGGAAAGUCGUGCAGGGCCAGUUGCUCGAUCCAUUCGGCGAGGGCCAGGCACAGGUGCAGCCAUUAGAAGAAGCCCCGGUCCGCUACUGGGUAGAAAGUGAGGCUAUCACCAUGGACGAUAACGGGUUCCAUGCGCCGGACGAAGCUGCCGAAGAUAGGCCCCAGGAGGCAGAGAAUAUAUGUGGGCAGUGCAGUGAGCAUUAUAUAGACACCGAGGGCUGCUGGUACCAUCCCGGAUGGCUAUAUCGUAAUGAAGCUGGCCAGAGAAAAUGGGCCUGCUGUGAGAGGGUCGAGUGCGUGCAAUUUUGCGAAAGAUGGGACCACACAGCAGGGGGAUUUAUCGGGACAAGUUCCGGGAGAAACAGCUGUUCAAGUUCAGAGAUGAGAUGGGUCGAAAUUUUUUUACUACCGUUCCAUUUGUGCUACACUUGGCUUGGAAUGGAGGCCUUGAUCAAGAAAUCAUUCCUGUAUACGGUCGUCGAUCCCAAGGUCCAGGAGGGGCAUUACGACCUGCUGGGCCCCGACGGCGAGAUUAUUCCACCUAGCGCCUGGGAAGCUACGGUGAAAGACGGUUGGCCGGUCACUAUGCGAAUGUGGCCCGAGGAAACGAAUGUGGCCCGAGGAAACGAAUGUGGCCCGAGGAAACAUUGGACUCGGACGUGAAAUAGCCAAAUCUAUUGCCGCCAGAUAAAGCACCGCGAUUCUCGCUGGACAGAUCACAGCCAAUACACCCAGACCUGUUGAGAUUAUUACCGCCAGAAAAAUUACUGCGAUUGCCGCCGGAAAUGUUACAGGGACUACAGACGGCACCGGCAGCACCAGACGAGACUCCC